AUGAAGCGGCGUCGUUACGACAGCGACGACGACGACGAUGACGGCGACCUGGACGGGCCGCUGCUUCCGUACGCGUUGGACGACAGAAAUGAAUUUCUGAUGGCGAUGGGCGUGGGCGGGCAGGAGCCCAGCGAGGCGAGUGCCAAGGGUUCAGAAGGAGAGAAGCAUCUGCGGGGAGACUGCACAGAGAAGGAAGACCAAGAGACAAUGCGGCGAGAAGAGCAGAUAGAGUCCGCUUUGCCUUCUUCAACGCUCGCUGAACGAUUGCAACACAUGGCGCUUCGUGACGAUCAUGACAUCCCGGAGCAUUGGAGGGGCGUGCUCUCCGAGAACCUGCUGCAAGUCUACUUCACGACGCUGAGUUACGCAGAGACGAAGCGCACGGUGGAUGAUAAGCUGUUCUCUCAGUACACCCCUUACGAUGUGAAGCGAUACCCACCGCUUGGGCGUCCCUCUGAACGAGUGUGGGAGAAUGCGUUUGGCAUCAAGCCCGGUUGGCGCUGGGACGGUGUGGUUCGUGGUGUUGGAACGUUGUAA